GCCUGGGUACGACAGACGAUAAAUUUCGACCAACGGUUCGAAGAGAUGUACUUCAGCUCAAAGUUCAAAAAGAGAAGAUUCUACGCCGAUUACUACAUGGGCUUUUUUAAUAUAUCGGAUUAUGAUUAUUCUAAUAACACAGGAUCAGGGAAUCCUGCCAAAAAGAUUCGAGACUACAAUUGGACGUUUGGCGUCAAACAACGGAAUACUCAUCCUCAGGUGAUCUACCCGCAUUUCUGCAUGUUCCCUGGUCAAUAUAAAAGAAAACUGCCAUGGGGCGCUAAGGGUGCUGACCGCAAACCGAUUCAUAAUGCUUAUACUCCUGAGCCGGGAAAGUGGUACAUUAACUGGAGACAAGCCAUGUUCAUGCUUUGUUUUGAGCUGAUGACACUAUUCACGGCGCUGUUCCUAAUCCACCACAUAGACCCUCAGAGCGAGUCAGUCACGGUCACGAAGGAACUCGAAGACACCCUGAAACAGUUCCACGUGGGCCGAGAACCAGGGAGAGACACCGACUACGUCCAACCCCCACCAGACCAGAAACCCAAGCAACAUUAGCCCAAGCCCAAAAAAUAAUAUCCCCGGCAUCUAGUCAUCAGGAUAUACCGUGGACGCUUCAUACAAAAGUCUUAUUCUUACCGUAAGUGAGACCCUGUCCACGCGCUUUCUCCCUCACUCCGUUACUCCUUAGUAGCUUACGGCCGUUUAAGACUAAAGUAAGACUCAGAGGGGGUGAAGUAAAUGUAGCUCGGCGCCCGAUACGAAUUAGUGCGGGGCGGAGGCGUCCGUUCUAUACGUAGUAUUAUUCUUUA